AAUGCCCUCACUCUGUUGCACGCUACUAUUAUUUUACUCCGAGAAAUGGUGGUUGUUCUUGAGAUCUGCAACCUUUUAUUAUUAUUAUAAAACUGAGAAUGGUUGGAAGUCCGAGGGGUUUUCUUAGCAAAUGUACCCAGUAAAUUGUGAAUCUGAGGAUCAAGGUUUGGGCUUUGAAGGAACUGUAGCCAUCUAUUUUUCUCUAAUUUUUUCUUUAAAUGUAAAAAUUUAUGGAAGGAAGUUAAUAUUUGUUGUUGAUGUGAGCUUCGCUAUAGGAAAUUUUCCUUUGCUCAAAUGGAAGAGGUUUUGAUGCAGAGCACAAUCACAACAAGGGAUAAAUCAGGCAAUGUUAUUUUGGACAUUGAGAGCCUGGUACAACCCCUCGAUAAAUGUUGCAAUGGGAGCCCAAAAUUGAAAAAAGUGCUCUCGCGUAAAGGGUCAUGGCGGUGCGAAAGGAGGAACAGUGAGGAGCAAGAAGUUGAUGAAGCAUCCAAAAAGCUUGUAGUUAAAGUCGUACCAUCUCAGCUGGAGCAGUUGAAACAACCCAUCAUGCCAAACAAAGCUCUAAUUUCUGUGCAAUCUCCAGCUGCUAAUAACACUAUAAACACAGAUUCUGGAGAUGGAAAGAGCAAGAGAUUGAAAAGCUUACUCUCCAUCAACCCUCGAAAGAUCCUUCUAUUAUUUGCCACAGUGUCGAGCAUGGGGACGAUGAUUCUGAUAUACUUCACGCUCGCCAUUAACAGAAGAGGUUGAAGUUUAAAACCGUGUCAUGUCAGUUGGAUGAGCUGUUCAUCUGUUUGUUUUGUCUCAAGGCUUGGUUGAGGGAGCAAGAGAGCAGAUAAAGCAAUUGAAGCUCAUAAUCUUCUUGGUCUUGCUCUCAUUAUUUUGCUGAAGCCUAACUGUUGUAGCGUAGAAUUCUGCAAGUGGUUUCUCUGUGUUGUAAUGAAUUCAUUCAUUUUGGAGAGGCCUACAUCCUUUAUUGCAGCGUGCAACCACAGUGAUGAUGUUGUAAGAGAGUGCUUGCGGAAAUCAAUGCUUUCAGUUUCCUUUCACUUCUGACGUAGAAAUGAAUUUAUGCUGUUUUUGGUUAAGGACAAGGCACUGAGGGCCUAGAGUUUUUCUUUGUUGCCUCCUUGCUCGCUGAAGCUUCUGGUAGCAAGACUGACAUUGUUACGCUUAAAUAUUACAGAAUUUAAUCCCUGAAGUUUCUUUUGCGCAAAAA